AUGGCUGUCAAGGCCCUCGUCCCGCUGCUGGUCACCUUGAUGCUGGUGACCGGCGUCUGCAAUACCCUCCUCACCAAAUACCAGGACAAUAUUUGCAUUCGCGACUGCGAUGACCCCGAUCCGAAAAAACACAAGAUGUUCGAACAGCCUGUUGUCCAAACAGCGCAAAUGUUCAUAGGAGAGAUGGGCUGCUGGCUUCUCGUCGGUAUCUUUUCCCUUUAUCGACGAUAUACCAAGGGCUCCGCGCCAGAUGCAGAUGGCUAUCAGCCUGUUAACGGCACAGAGAAUGGAGUCGUCGACGACCAUGAUGCCGAUAGUAUACGUAGCACUGCGCCGCUAAACCCAGCCGCUAAACCAUUGGAACAGAAUGUUGAGGACAGAAUACCGUUGGAGGGGUGGAGGGUUCUGCUAUUGUCUCUUCCUGCCAUUUGCGAUAUUUGCGGGACGACCCUUAUGAAUGUCGGGUUGUUGUUUGUGGUCCCAUCUAUUUACCAGAUGACGAGAGGAGCUUUGGUCUUGUUUGUUGGGCUAUUCAGUGUCAUUUUCUUGCGGAGGAAGUUACACCUCUUCCAGUGGUUUGCACUGGUCACCGUGGUGCUCGGUGUGGGGAUUGUAGGGUUGGCUGGGGCCUUGUAUAAGGAUCCCAAGGCGGCUCCCUCAGCACUUCUGCUUGCCAGGGAGGCUGUUACUAUUGUUGCCAGGGAAGCAAGAACACCGGAGGCUCUUCGAGCCAUCAUUGGCGUCUUCUUAAUUGCUGGAGCUCAGAUCUUCACGGCAUCACAGUUCGUCCUGGAGGAACAUAUAUUGGAGAAAUAUGCUUUGGAACCCCUCAAAGUCGUGGGGUGGGAAGGGGUCUUCGGUUUUUCGAUCACUGUUGUGGGAAUGAUUAUCCUGCAUCUUGCUAUUGGAAGGACAGAAGCAGGGAGGUAUGGCUAUUUCGAUGUGGUGGAAACUUGGAGAGAAAUCACUCAAUACAGGAGUAUUGCCAUUUCGAGCGUCCUGAUCAUGAUCAGUAUUGGGGGUUUUAACUACUUUGGACUGUCAGUGACGAGGACUGUAAGUGCGACAUCCAGAUCGACUAUCGACACGUCCCGGACGUUAUUCAUCUGGAUCGCAUCAUUAUUUCUCGGAUGGGAAACGUUUAAGUGGCUCCAGGUUCUGGGAUUUAUACUGUUGGUUUACGGUACUUUCCUCUUCAAUGGUCUCGUCAGGCCACCAUUGAGAAGUUGUGCCGAACGCGAUACAGAAGAACUUCUUCCGGAAGAGCCAAUAGAGCAUGUAUAA